AUGCUAGUAGCUUUGUUAACCUUAGCAUUCCUUCCCAACAUUAUCCAAGUGGAUGCCAACUUUUCCAAGAGCAUGCACCUCACUUGGGGAGUCCAACAUGCAUCAAUUCUGGGUGAAGACCUUCAUCUUGUGUUGGAUAAAACCUCAGGGUCAGCUGCUCAAUCGAAGAGAUCAUUCUUAUUUGGAAGCAUUGAAAUGCAAAUCAAGCUUGUACCUGGUAAUUCUGCCGGAACAGUCACAGCAUACUAUUUAUCUUCUGCAGGAAGCCAGCAUGAUGAGAUCGACUUUGAGUUCUUGGGCAACAGUACAGGACAACCAUACACUGUCCAUACUAACUUGUACACACAAGGAAAAGGAAGCAGAGAGCAACAGUUUUACCUCUGGUUUGACCCAACUGCUAAUUUUCACAAUUACACCAUUCACUGGAAUCCCACAGAAAUUGUCUGGUAUGUUGAUGAUGUGCCAAUUCGUGUUUUCCGCAACCAUGAACAAGAGGGUAUCACUUACCCAAACAAACAAGGAAUGAGGGUUUACACCAGCCUAUGGAAUGCAGACAACUGGGCAACCAGAGGCGGCCUAGUAAAGACGGACUGGAAUCACGCACCAUUCACAGCCAGAUUCCACCAUUUCAGAGCAAGGGCUUGCAAGUGGGGUGGAGCAAAGAGCAUCCAUCAAUGUGCCUAUAAUACCCCUGCAAAUUGGUGGACUUCCGCUAGAUACAAGAAGCUGACCCACACCCAGUUGGAACAGCUGAAUUGGAUCAGAAACAAUUACAUGAUCUAUGACUACUGCACAGACACCAAAAGAUUCAACGGACAGAUGCCUCCAGAAUGCUUUAAACCACAAUUCUAA